AAAGUGAGUUUCCUCUCGCUGCAUUCAAUCCCAUUCCGUCAGCUUUGCCCUCACACGUAGAUUCCAGUUUUUCACACAACCACCAGCAUGCUGUUCAGACCACUAAACGUGUACACUCCUUUAAUCGAAAAUACGUUUAUACAAAUAGAGAAAAAUAUCUAACAAUACACACCCACUGUCAAACAAUCAGAGGUAUCCACCCCAUAUCACCUUUAAUAGCAACAUUUGGAUCGUAUUUAAGAAAAACCUCAAAACACAAUGUAAAUCUACCACUCGGUUGUCUGAGAACUACAGUAGUAAUACAAUAGUUAUCAACUCAAUCAUUUUCUAUUGAUGUAUGAGGCUUUGAAUAGUUGAAAAGAAAUAAGAAAAAAAUAAAAUUAUAAUUAUCGACACUUGUAGACCAAUUUAGAUAAAUUCAGCGUUAAAUGUUAUGGUAAAUGGUCUUAACUACUUGCAAGUCAACUGUUAAGAAAUUUCCCACUGCGACAGGAAGAGUUGCAUCCCCUGAAACGCAACAGUUUCUCAUAACAUCUGAUCUCACCUUGGGGAUGGGCGUGUGAACUGGUGAUGCUGCUGCCAGUUUGAUCGCAACCAUGGGGAAGCUGAACAUGUUUGUAGUGUCCUUUAGCAACCUGCAAGGUGUAUACUACGCUGGCCAAGCUGUACAGGGCCAUGUCACGGUGGAACUGACGGACACUAUGAAAAUGAGAGGCAUUCAUAUUCGAUUUGAAGGCCGAGCCUAUGUGCACUGGUCAGAGACUGAAACCACCGGUUCUGGGGAUAACCAGCAGACAGUGACUCAUGACUACUCUGCCAGUGAGAAGUACUUCAAAGAGGACAUACUGCUGGCCGGUAGAUGGAAGCAGCAGUCGGGGGAUGACAUCCAUCUGCCCGCUGGCCGCCACACCUUUCCAUUUGCGUUUCAACUCCCACCACAGCUUCCAUCAUCCUUUGAAGGAGAAGAUGGUCAUGUUCGAUACACGGCGAAAGGAAUCAUUGAUAAACCAUGGAAGUUCGAUCACGAAACAAAAAGGCCAUUCACAGUGAUUUGUUUGCUGGAUCUGAACCGGGAUCCAAAUGCAAUGAUACCAGCUCAAGGUGCCAAUUCAAAGACAUUAUGCUGCUGGUGCUGUGCAUCAGGACCGAUCUCUGCCAACUUCAUCAUUGACAGACAAGGAUAUGUUCCUGGGGAAGCCAUCAUUCUGAAGGCUGAAAUUGACAACCAGUCAAACAGGAGAAUAAAGUCGUCAGUCUGUGAAAUUGACAAUGGUAAAGCUUCAAACAGUAUGUGCGAAUGUUUUUUACCACUUGGACUCCUUUACCCUUUGCCGCUUACCACUUGGCCGCAGGUGACUAUGUUCCAUGCUACCACCAAAACAAGAACCUCAAGUCGUGUGAUUGCCAAACUGAAGCAUGGGGAGAUCGACGAGGGCGGACAUGAUUACUGGAAUGGUGACCAGUUGGUUAUUCCUCCUGUGCCACCAUCAUUUCUUGCUGGCUGCAACAUCAUUGACAUCAGAUACUUUGUGCAGCUUGAGGUGACUCCAUCAGGACCUAGCUCUGAUCUUAAGGUCCCUCUACAAGUAAUAAUUGGCACCAUCCCUCUGCAAAGUGUUCUAGCUCAGCAUCCUCCAAUAGCCCCUCCUGUAGGGGCCCCCAUCAUCAUGCCAAACCCUGGAAUGGCUGGUGGAACCUACCCCCCACCUGGUGCAGGAGCUUACCCCCAACCAGGGGCCUACCCACCUCCUACAGGAGCCUACCCCCCAGGAGAGUCUCUACCCCCAGGAGCUCCACCAGCCUAUCCACCAGGAAUGCCAACUGAUUGGCCAAAUUUACCCCCACCAUCAUAUGGAGAGUGUGUGUUUGGGAAGGUCGACAUCAAGGAGGAAGGGGAGAGUGAGCACCUACAGGGUGACAACAGAUAUGCCCCCGUCUACACGUACUACGACUGGGGCCACAAGCCCUCCGCCCCUCCUUCAGAGUAGAUAUGAGAGGGCUGAUGUAGAUUUGCCACAUAAA